AUAGAGGGAAAGAGGGUACCGGGACCCCUCAUUUUUUCCAACAGGUACAGCUCACCCCCUUCUCUCUCUCUCCCUCUUUCCGACCCCUUUCCCCCGUCUGCCUUCACGACUCAAGCACCACCACCACCACCACCACCACCACCGCCAACAAUACCUUCUCCCCCUAUCCCCCAGUCCUAGCUCCUCAAAGCGAGGUUUUAUAGAGAUAAUCUGCAAUGUCAUCAGAUAUAAUAACCAUCCACUCACAGAUUUCUUCAGACCUGCUACAUACCCCACGUUCACCUGACCCAAUUAGGCCCCCGUUUGAGGACAAUGAGGUAGGCCAUGAAGCGGAAGAGCCUCCCCGGCCCAUAGUUGAGAAGCUUCACCUCCCCAAUCGUAUUGCCCUUCACGUGACAACAGAUGGUCGCGACGACCGCAAAGUUGACUUUGAGUGCAACGACCUGAAAUGGGGAAUCGAAAUAUCAUCUUCCUCUGCCUACCCAACCCUCCACGACGACGUCCUGUCAUUCAGAUACUACGGCAAUGAGGAUAAUCAGGAGGAAUAUGCACUGUUCAAAGUUUGGGUCAUGCUGUUUUGGUAUUUUCAGUUACCCGCCCCUCCUGCACACUUGAUACCGGACAAACCGGGUAGUCCUUGGGGAAGCUGGCAGGUCCACUUCAGUAACACCGGUCCCUUCUUCAAGUUGGCCAACCUGCAAGCUGUAGAGGCGGCAGGUUUGGUAUCGUUUCCCGAUUCCGGAGCAGCGUCCGGUGAAUGGGUGGGAGCUUAUGCCACAAGGGCGGGCUUCUGGCAGUUACCACCCGAGCCGUUCCUGAACCCUGUUUGUACGUUAAAGAAGCCGUUGCGCAUGCCGAAGCCAGUGGAAUACACUUUUACCGAACGUGUUCGGCAUCCAGUUCGACCUCGCCCUCAGCCUAACGGUGACAUGUAUACCAGGUGGAUUCCAUCAUUUAGGCAGUUGCUCACUUUCAGAUUGGCGGACCUGGACGAGGAUACGGAAGUGGUGCAUAGAUGGAUGAACGAUCCUAGGGUUUCCAUGUUCUGGGGGGAGGAAGCCGAUGAUCCGGAAAAGACGAGGUCAUUCCUGAAAAAGGGAUUGGGAUCUAAGCACUUUUUCUCAAUGAUCGGAUGUUGGGACGAUGAGCCUUUCGGGUAUUUCGAGGUUUACUGGGUCAAGGAAGACGCGCUGGGGCGGUAUGUCAGUGAUGUGGAUAUGUGGGAUAGGGGUGUGCACUGCUUGGUUGGGGAACAGAAGUUUAGGGGGCCGCAGAGGGUGGGGGUUUGGAUUUCCAGCCUGGUGCACUGUAAGUUGCUCGUGGGGCGUUGUCAGGUUUGUCGCGGGGCUAAUUUGCGCAGUCAUGUUUCUCGACGAUCCAAGAACACAGACAGUGAUGCUCGAACCAAGGGUUGACAACGCAAAGUCAGUAUUCCGGAGCAGACUGGCAUUCAAGAAGGCAGGACUAACACGACCGCAGAUUCAUCAAAUACCUUAUGGACGCCGGUUUCUACAAAGAAAAGGAGGUUGCGUUCCCACACAAGCAGGCGGCACUCAUGAAACUCAAAAGGGAAGCGUGGGAGGGACCACUGUGUUAAUUUCCACACGUACCGGGUACUUGUACAAGUGCUGUACCGUAGUUUUCAGAUCGGGAUGGUAGACGGGAACAAUUUACUGUAGAUGGCUCGUUUGUAAAGCUAGUGUACAAGUACCGUAACUAGAAGAGUAGGACAGGGUCCAAUUGCAUCACCACAGUGACACCACGUG